AUUAGUUCACUGUUAUGUGUGAUGGCAUAUUGUCACAAUAUUCCUCCAAUUCGAUCGCGAUGAUAGAGGAAAUACGCGAGUGUAACGAAGGCUUACUUUUCCACAUAAUCGCUGGCUUGCAAGCAUGUUUUCAUAGCCCUGGGAAGAAUCCUUACGGACAUGGAAAAGACGCGCUGCUCACGGCAGCAGUCAGUCGUCGCUAACUAUGCGACUCUCCUCGACCCGAUCCGGCCACUGCCAGGUGGACCGGGCAAUGGUCAUCGCUCAGAAACGCCAGAGCUCCGACUGCGGCUGUUUCCUGUCCUGUCUGGCCUGCAGUCGCUGCUGGGCGGCCGUCUACACGCCGGCCAAUCACACCUGCCAGCUGCUGUACAAACGUGUCAACGUCUGUACCACCUACAGCGACGGCUCCAACUGCCUGGCCGAGGCCGGCGACGGUCCGCAGCUGGUGGCCAAUCGACUCAACACAUAUGCAGCAAGAUAUGGUUUGCGCUUUUGGUACAGCCACUGAACAAACGCAGCCCUAAAGAUCUGCCAGCCACAUCGAACGAUAACAUUGCACGAGUGCUUUACAGUGAGCGAGGUCCGUAGUGAGAAGCCAAGCCAAUUCAACCACAGAUGCACUGCGUUUAAUUGUGAAUGAACAGGUGAAAAAUGUCGCUACCUCGGGCCUCGGUCAUCACUCAAGUGCCAUUCCUUCAAUUGUUCUUCUUCAUGUGAGCUGGUUAUAGCGUGAUAAAUGAGAGUUGCUUGAUUUUCGCUAUUUUCACGUAGGUAAAUAAGAAAUGUUUAUUUCAAUUCGUUAUGAAUAUGUAAUGCCCUGCACUUUCAGAAACAUGUGUGAGGGGCAUGCAGUCCAAUAUACACCCUCAUUUUA